AAAACGUCCUCACAUGCACUCUUGACCGCCAUGACACUUGAACUUUAAAUGUUAACAAGAGAAUUGUAUUUCAAGGCUUUGGUGGUAACAGGGGCGGGCUUCUCACAAUGUUCGUCAAGUUGUUGUAUGGAGAUGAAGAAAGUGUACUGUUGAAUCCCGACUGUUCCAUAAUAAACUUCAUGCAGUAUGUGAGAGAAAGAUGCGACUUCGACAAUAAAGGUUUACUAGCUUUCUGUAACGACAGCGGCCAGGUGAUCAUGGUGAGCGAGAAGCAGACGAUGGAGACGCUGGCGGGAAGUAUGGAGCACAGAGAAAGCUAUGUCCCUCUGGAGUUGGAAAGAAACUCCUCUAACAAAAUAACCAAGGCAAUUCCACUGCUGAAAAAUUACGAAAAACACUUCCCAUCUUUAGAGCAAAAACUUAAGACACUGGUAACAGAUUCACCGGAAAAAACAAGAAAACGAUCGCCCGUGACUGGAGAAAAGAAUGUAAAACGGAAGGAUGCAGACAAAAGUCGGAUGCGGUUAGAUAAAGAAAGCCCAACGAUCAGCACAGACUCUGUGGUGAAGAAAAGUGUGUCUCGUUUGAGCAAAAAACAGCGCAAGAAGGCUUCAGACUAACUGUAAAUAAAUUAAUCACACCGUUUUAACACCAUUGACAAUUCUUGACCUCUUCUGCUUGCUUCUUUCAAUAUACCAUAUUGAUGUGCAGUAAUGAACUUUGGUACAUUUGAUAAUACCAAUGAUUCCAAAACGGAUUCCUUGUGACCCAGAUUCGUUGCCGGCCGAAUGGUUACAGAUGCAAGCUCUUACAAGAUUCCAUCAGCUAGUAAACAAAGAGGUGGAGUACUGAAAUUCAGCUAUCUACAAUAUAUAGUAUUAUACUAAGAUAAUUUAGUUCUUUUUUUUAGAUCUUUGCGUUCAUAACCCUGGUCAAUCUGAACUAUUGUUGUCAUGUAUGUCUCCCCAACUUAUGUUGGGAGGAGACGUAUAACCUGCUGUGUUUCCACAUCCGUCAACGUAUUUUAUCGGCAAGAUAUAUUUCAAACUUACUUACCGUGCAGAGAUUUUAAUGCCUGAUUAGAUUUUGAUGCCCGUCUAUUAGUCUGUUGUCCCUUGACUCUGUUCAAGCUAUUCUGCUUGGCUUCUACUAAUCUAUACCAGAUAUCUAUAAAACUGAAAUUUAAUAUUAAAUGAAUUUUAAGCAAAUUUGAUUAUGUUUUAACCAUUUUCACUAACUACUGCUUUGUGUGCAAGGUGUCUCCUGAAGCACUUAACCGAUUACAAUUAGAUUUGCUCUGAAGCUUUCUGAAGAUGACUUUCGUAACUGCUUAGAUUUUGGUUUAUCUAUCCAAUUGAUGGGGUUUUAACCAUUUUGAUCGGAUACAAUUUGUCUAUAAGAUGUUUCCUUAUCAGAUCAGCUUGACUGGAUUUAAUGAAAUUUCAUUUUUUUAUGAAGACCCUCAUAUAACCAAUUAGAUUUUGCUAAUUGGUGAAAGCUGGUUGCACGUGGUCAACAUUUGUUGUCCGUUUAGGAGACUCCAGGAUUGGGACACUACCACACGAUGUGCUUAAGGUUACGUUUUGGCACAAAAUGGCAAUAUUUCCUCGUUUUGUCUGUAUGCUCGCAUGGCAUUCGCUCCCAUUGAUGCUGAUUGGUUGAUAGAGACAACGAUCUCACAAGAUCCAUAUCAGCCAACAUACGGGCAUAUCUGCGCCUGGCUCAUUUGUGUCUGGACUAUUAGUGGCCCAAAAUUGAACAAGCUAAAACAUUGUAUCGAAUUUUCAAGAGUCUGGAAUUCUUGUAGUUGUUACCCACACACAAUUUCUGAACAUUACACUGCCUUUAAAAAUGCACUUUUUGGUGUGAAUUUUUAGAAUAGUUGAAGGGUACUCUGAUAGCCCUGUCCUGCAGGGGACCAGUGGUGAUAGUACAGCUAACAUGGCACAAACACAACACAAGUACGCUC